AUGCCUAGAAUUGACCCCUCAAUCAUUAUACACAAGCUGAGCGUGGACCUGAGCUCUAAGCCAGUUCGGCAAAAGAAUAGGAACUUUGCACUGGAGCAUUGGAAGGCCAUAGAGGAGGAAGUUCAAAAGUUACUUAACGCCGGCUUCAUCCGAGAGGUACACUACCCUAUCUGGUUAUCAAAUGUUGUUAUGGUAAAGAAAGCUAACGGGAAAUGGAGGAUCUGUAUUGAUUUCACAAACCUUAACCGAGCCUACCCCAAGGAUAGUUUUCCUUUGUCGAGGAUAGACCACCUCGUUGACACCACUACAGGGUACGAGCUACUUAGUUUCACAGAUGCCUUCUCCGGAUACAAUCAAAUAAAGAUGCACCCAGAUGAUGAAGAGAAUACCUCAUUCAUCACUGAACAUGGCACAUACUGCUACCGUGUGAUGCCCUUCGGCCUUAAGAAUGCUAGGGCCACCUACCAACGCCUUGUCGACAAGGUGUUUAAAGAACAGAUGGGGAGGAACAUCAAAGCCUAUGUGGAUGACAUGGUAGUGAAGAGCUUGAAAGUCAAGACGCACGUCUCAGACCUAGUCAAGACCUUCACACCUUGUGGAAGUACAACAUGA